CCUUUCAAAAGAUCCUACAGGAGUUGUCGUUGAGAUUGUUUAUGGACCAACGAUUACAUGAGAAGCGGCGGGUGCUGCAGAUGUAUUGCCUUGUAUGCAGACUCCUACUUCAGGACUUUGAUGGUGGAUUGGGUGGUUGCUUUGUCUACAUAUUCAGAGAAAUUCUCUAUCGUCUAGUUUAUCUGAUACAAGAAAUGAGGAAACAGGAAUGUAUAAGGAAUGAAGAUGGAUAUGCCAACAACAUAAGCUGCAUGGCUUUAGAGCUCCUGUGUGAUGUACUUGAAAGAACCACCUCUGUUGCAGUUCAGGAAGUUGAGAAGUAUUUGAAAUUUGUCAUCAAUAGUUUGGUUCCAGUCACAACAUUGUCACCUGUUCUUUGUGAAAAGGUGAAAAAAGUGUUCAAGAUGCUGCUCAUUGACAACAAGAAGAACCUGAUGUCAGGAAUAGCUUCACUUGAUCCUUUUCCAGACAGGGAAGAAUUCUAUCCAUUCACUGCUGUGAAAAAUGAUGUCAAACUUCUUAAGGGACCUACAACUUUAAGACAGUUAAUGAAGGAUUACAUUUUGGAGGAUAUGGAAAUGCUUUCAGGAGGGCACUCUGGAGAAGGCCUUCAUUUUUUGUCAAAGGAGAUAGAAUCAAAUAUGGAAGAAUUUGUAGAGUUAAUAGAGUCUGAACGAGGCAAAUCAAGGAACAUAUUAUCUGGUCUUCUGAUGAAACUGGUAAAAAACAGUAAAUUACUGAAGGAUACAGAGACUUUGAGGGAGUUGACCCACUGUCUGGGUGUAAUAGGUCCUAUUGAUCUUAUGAUACUAGCACUACCUACUUCUGAUGUGGAAGAGACUGGAGCCAUGCAUAACCUUUUGCAGAUUAUGGAACUUUUAGACCAGCAUCUUAUUGACAAAGACAUGAAGACAGUUCAAGCAACAUCACAGGUCCUGAAAAAGAUAUUUAGCACAAAAGCAGGGAUUGAUCUUGCAAACAAGAUGAAAACUUCAAACAAAGUAGAAUUGGUCCAAAAACUGCAACCAUUUCUUCCAAAGAAAAAGCCUAAAGCUUUGUGUGAGGAGCUACCAGAAAUGAAUUAUAAUGAGUCUCUAGGUGCCAUAAACCAGGAUGAACUUUGGUGGGAAACUGCAGUAUCUCAUGAAUUCUGGAUUAUAAGAUUGACCUCAGCCAUUUUAACCAGUGGUGCUGUUAACAAUAAUCUGUUGUGCUGUCUGAAACCACUUUGUCUUCUGAGAAGUGAAGUCUGUGAAUUUCUUUUACCAAUACUGGUAUAUGACGUUUUAAGUAUGGACAAUGCUGCUCAAAAAGAAAUUCUCUCCCAGCAAAUCUCUAAAUUCUUCCUACAGCAUUGUCGACUAUCAUCAACAAAAUCACAAAGUGGACAAGAAAGUUCCAGUAUUUGUCACAACAAGGAUUCUGUGAGAACAAUGCUUAGAGUUGUACAUUACCUCAGACAACAACCAAGAAAUCAACACGGGAGAAGUUCACUAACAGUGUGGGAUAACAACUACUGGUUGGAUAUCAAUUAUCUCCACAUAGCCAAGGCUGCUUUGUCCUGCUCUGCACAUUUCUCCACAGUUUUUUAUGCGGAGAUUUGGUGUAACUACCAGAGAAUAAAACAGGAGGAGGCAUUAAAGAAAUCCUCUUCAUUGAGUGAGGUUGUAAGUCAGAGUUUUACACAAGAUUCCCAGGUGGAUUCUCUGAGUUCUGUGUCUGGUGAGGUGACCCUCAAUGUACAGGACCUACUCCUGGAGGCCUACAGACAGAUCGGGGAUCCAGACGGGGUGUAUGGAUGUGGGGCAGGCCGUCUCCCAGAUCCAGUAUCAAGAAUAAGGAUGUAUGAACAUGAGGGUCAGUGGGAGAAGGCUGUUAUCACAUACGAUAUAGGGCUCCAGCAGCACAGCCAACAGGAAGUGGACUUACUUAAGGCUCUGGACAGUUUUGGAUCAAAAAACUUGUUGGACAGCUACUUAGAAAAUUAUCCAAAUCCAAAGUCUGGUGCAAUAAGAAAUCUUAUCUUCAAGUCUGCAAUUAAAGUAGGAAAGUGGGAUCUUAACAUGGAUGAAAGUGAAUGUAGUUUUGAUGAAGCAGUACACAGAUCCUUGUGUACACUCAAACAUUCUCAGUUCUCUAUUGUGUCCACUGCUCUGGAUAUGGCAAGGAAAAAUGCUUUAGACAGAUUACGAGAUGCCAGCAUGGAGAGCUGUAGAUGUCUGUAUCCCAUCCUCUCUGAUCUGCAGUGUAUCUACCAGAUUGACCAGGCUGUCAGAGCAAUUACAGGGCAAGAAUCCAAACCACUUGAGGAUAUGCUGACAAAGUGGACACAAGAGAGGCCCUCCUUUAAUGAGUUUGAAUACAUAGAACCUAUCCACACCACCAGACUCUCGGUACUCCAGGUGCUACCCAUCCAAACAGAUGCAGUACAAGUCUGCAUGCAGAAGGAAUUACUAUGCCUAACAAGACUUGCAAUACAGAAUAGGAGAUACCUUGUUGCUGAAGGAGUUGUCAGUAAAUUGAAAUCUUGUGAAGCCUCAGAUUUCCAAAUGCAAGUUGAUAAACUGACUGAAGAAGCAAAACUUUUCUGGUCCAGAGGAGAACAAAACAUUGCCAAACACUUAACAAAGAAGAUAUUGAAGAUGUUAGAGCAAAAACAAGAAAGCAACUUGGAAGCAGCAAAGCUGUACCCUAGAGUCCUCAGUAUGUAUGGAAACUGGGCAGCAGAAACUAAUUUAGAAGAUCCCAACACCAUUAUGGAAGAGUAUCUUGAAAAGACAGUGAGUUUGUUAGAGAGCUUGGAGGAGAAAGGGGAUACAAUUCUAGAUGCGUAUCUUUCUCUGGCUCGGUUUGCUGAUGGUCAGUAUCAACACAUUGUGAACUACAUGAAGUCAAGUACAUUUGAAGCCAAGCAGAACUUGAUGACAAAGGCAAAAAAGGAAAUAACAAGGAUGCAACAGCUUGGAAUGGACAAUCUUGAGAAAGAUCGAUAUUAUAGAACUUUAAGCAAACAGAGUGAGAUAGAUCAGUCAGAACUGAAUGCUAUGGAGGAGGAUAGAUGGAGAUGCCUAAAACAGGCUGUCCAGAACUAUAUCAAAUGUCUGAAGCAUGGGGACAAACACGAUAUCCGCAUAUUCCGUCUGGUAUCCCUAUGGUUCAGUAAUCCUACCUAUGCAGACAUUAGUGGUUUGAUUAUGAUAAACAUGGACAAUAUUAAAUCUUACAAGUUUCUGAGUUUGAUGUACCAACUGUGUGCUAGAAUGGACACUAAUCCACCUGCUGAUCAAUCUCCCUCUCUACAGAAAACACUGCAAAAAAUUAUUCAUCACACAGCUGUUGAUCAUCCCCACCAUACUCUGUUCUGUAUUUUUGCUUUAGUCAAUGCUAAAAGAGAUUCAGAGCUACUAAGGAGGAAUGCUGGCAGCAAAAGUAGACUGGCUAAAAAUAGUCAGACCAGUGACAGUGAAAAUCAGGGAAGAAUAGAAGCUGCCAAGAAAUUGAUUACCCAGCUAAAAUCUGACAAACAAAUUGGUGGAAUUGUAAAAAACAUGGAAGUCCUUUGUGAUGCUUUCAUCCAGUUGGCCAACUUCAAUGUGUCACAAUACAGUCGUGAGACUAAACCAAUAACUUUAGAUAAAAGACUCUGGAUCACACAGCUUAAAGAGAUGGAUAAUGUUGCUGUGCCAACAGAUGAAAUACCUAUUGACCCAACAGGAGAGUACAAAUCUGUAGUUACCCUGAAGGGAUUUGAACCCACAUUCAAGUUGGCUGGAGGGAUCAAUUUACCCAAAAUUCUAACUUGUUUAGGAUCAGAUGGAAGAAGACGUAGACAGCUUGUCAAGGGUAGAGAUGAUUUAAGACAAGAUGCUAUAAUGCAGCAGGUGUUUGGUAUGCUAAAUACUCUGUUUCACAAAAACCCUGAUACAAGAAAAAGAAAUUUGAUGGUGAAGCAGUAUAAGGUUAUACCGCUAUCUCAGUGUAGUGGAGUCCUGGAGUGGUGUGAGGGAACCUUGCCUAUAGGGAUGUAUUUGAUUGGAGAGAGGGAUGAAUCCAAGGGAGCUCAUAAAAGAUUUAGACCACAGGACAUAACAGCCAGGGCCUGUAGGGAUAAGAUGGUAGAAACAGUUCGAGCUUCCUUGAAUGACAAGUUAAAGAAUUUCCUUGGAAUAUGCUCUAGAUUUCAACCAGUAUUGAGAUAUUUCUUCCUGGAAAAGUUUUCACAACCCUCAGUGUGGUUUGAACGCCGAUUGGCAUACACCAGAAGUGUAUCUACAACCUCAAUUGUUGGAUAUAUUCUUGGAUUGGGAGACAGACACAUACAGAACAUUCUGAUUGAUACAAAUUCUGCUGAGCUGGUACACAUAGAUUUGGGCAUUGCUUUUGAGCAAGGAAGGAUUUUACCAACUCCUGAGACUGUCCCUUUCCGAUUGACCCGAGACAUAAUUGAUGGAAUGGGUGUUUGUGGAGUAGAAGGAACAUUUAGAAGAUGCUGUGAAAAAACCAUGGAUGUGAUGCAUAAUAACCAGGAGGCUUUGUUGACCAUUUUGGAAGUCCUUUUGUAUGACCCCCUCAACAACUGGACGAUAUCCCCUCAGAAAGCAGCGGCCCUGCAGAGUCUUCGGGACAGAAUGGACACAGAGACUUCAGAGCUUAAUGCCACCAAAAGCAGUUUGGUGGAUAUUGAUGCAGUCAAUGCAAGUGUGCAACAAGAAUCCCAAGAGAGUGUGAAUAAACUUGCAGAGCGGGUGUUACUACACCUUCAACGGAAGCUACAAGGAUAUGUGGAAGGAGUUCAGUUUAGUGUAGCAGGACAAGUAAACAACCUUAUCCAGGAGGCAAGAGAUCCUAAGAAUCUCUGUAGACUGUUUCCAGGCUGGCAACCAUACAUAUAACUUUAUCAAAGAAAAUACUUAAACAUUUUUUUUACAGAAAUGUAAUUGUAAACAGGCUGUUAUCUGUUCAUGGCAGACUUUCAGUGCUACAGAACUAUGAUACGUUUACAUCUAUAUCUAUAAUUGAUAUUUUGUUUCACAUGUACACAUGCAUUAAAAUAUGAAACUGAU